AUGACUGCGUUCAACUCGAAAUAUUCCGGAGGUUUAAAUAGUUCCCCAAUCGGAUCUCCGGGAGGAACAGAUUUGAGCGGGGUCAGGUCGGCGAAUAUACGUAAGAAGGUCAAUAUAGGCACAUGGAACGUGCGGAGUUUAUUCGAGGCAGGAAAACUAGCCAACCUAAUUCAGGAAAUGAAGAGGCUUGACAUCGAUAUACUGGGCGUGACGGAGACUUGGUGGCCGGGUGCGGGAGUGUGUAAUACCGGGGGAGGUGCAUUCUACUAUUCGGGCAAUCAAGAUAGGAAUCAUCGGAAGGGAGUUGAAAUCAUUGUGUCAGAAAGUUUUAAGAAUUGCAUCAUCGACUUCAUACCGUACUCGGAUAGGAUAGCGCUGAUGAGGGUUAAUGCAAGGCCAACCAACUUAAAUAUCAUCCAGAUAUACGCGCCAACUGCUGAUGCACCAGACGAGGAGAUGGAAAUAUUCUAUGAGCAAAUAAAAGAAAUGCUGAAGCUCACCAAAAAACAUGAGAUUAAUAUAAUUAUGGGCGACUUCAACUCUAGGAUAGGGAAAGAAAGGUAUGAGGAUCUGGUGGGACCAUUCGGACUGGGAACAAGAAACGAGAGGGGCAAACGCCUGGUGCAAUUUUGCCAAAAAGAAGAUAUGAGAGCUACUAACACAUGGUAUCAAUUACCACCUAGGAGACUAUAUACGUGGAGAUCUCCCAGAGACAGCCCAGAGAACAUAAGUCGCAAUCAGAUAGACUACAUACUUAUCAAUAAAUGCUUUGGAUCUUCAAUUAACAGAGUAAGCACUUGUCCUGGAGCGGACGUGCCCUCUGACCAUAUACUACUACGGGCAGCCAUCAAAAUCAAACUAACAAAGUAUGCAAAAUCAGCUUCAAAACGAGGAAUUGCAUAUGAAAAGCUUAAACAAAGAGAUAUGAAAACUGUAGUGAGCCAAAAGUGA